AUGCGAAAGCCAUUUAUUUCCACGUUCAUAUCAUAUCGCAAUAUUUAUUGCAUCGAAAUCAAUUUUAAAUAUUGCGGGUUUUUUUUUUUUGAUGACGGAGGACCGCCUGGUGGUAGCGGAAGCAUUGGCGGCGUACCUCACGGUGGACCACAAUCGGGUCCGCCACCUUCAUCUCAAAGUGGUCCCCCCGGGCCCAUCGUCGGUCAGUCGGGUCAAGAAAAUUUAAAUGCACUGCAAAGAACGAUUGAUUUAAUGGAAGAAAAAGGUUUGCAAGAGGAUCCAAGGUAUUCGCAAUUGUUAGUGUUGAGAGCCAAACAGGGAAACAUGGAUCCUUCCAGAAUGGGAUUCGGCGGAAAUAGUUCGAGCGGAAUUAAUCAACCCUGUGAAGGUCAAACGAAAAAUCAUCUCACUCCGAGUCAAAUGUUACAACUCAGAGGUCAAAUCAUGGCAUAUAGAAUGUUGGCUAGGAAUCAACCACUGAGUCAACAAGUCGCACUGGCAGUUCAAGGAAAAGUUCCCGCAGGUAACCAACCGAACGCUCCCGGUUUUCCACCGAGUCAACAACCUAUGGAGGCUCCACAAUCGGCUUCCGUGAGACCUACAGGACAACCAGAUUCCGGUGGGAGGAGUGAUAUUAGUUCUCCCCCACCAUCGACAGGACCACCUGGUCAAUCGCAUCCUCAACCAUCUAGACCGCCACCGACGUCAACACCACCGAGCUCAUCUUCGAGCUCUAAUAAACCACCGGUGACACAGAAUUCUAUACCUCCAGCUUCAUUCAACGGUAUCGUUUCACCUCAACACGGAUCUCUUCCUCCCACGACCUCCGUGCGACCUGGAACGACGACGGCCGUACCUCAACCCGGUCAAACGCCGGCCAAACAAAAUCGAGUCACUGCAAUACCUAAACCCACGGGAUUAGAUCCUCUCACAAUUCUUCAAGAAAGAGAAAACAGGAAAGCAGCUCGGAUCGCAAUGAGAAUCGACGUACUUAACAAUUUACCAACUUCGAUGGCGGAAGAUUUAAAACUUCGAGCCGAAAUCGAAUUGAGAUCGUUGAGACUUUUAAAUUUUCAAAGGCAGUUAAAAAGCGAAAUUAUAGCUUGUACGCGUCGCGAUACCACGUUAGAAACGGCCGUCAAUGUAAAAGCAUACAAACGAACCAAACGUCAAGGUUUGAGAGAAGCAAGAGCAACUGAAAAACUUGAAAAACAGCAAAAAUUAGAAGCGGAACGGAAACGACGUCAAAAACAUCAGGAAUAUUUGGCUGCCGUGCUGCAACAUUCGAAAGAUUUCAAAGAGCAUCACCGUAAUAAUUUGGCCAAAGUGGCUAGGUUAAACAAAGCCGUAUUGAAUUAUCAUGCGAACGCGGAAAAAGAGCAGAAGAAAGAACAGGAAAGAAUCGAAAAAGAACGUAUGAGACGUUUAAUGGCCGAAGACGAAGAAGGUUACAGAAAAUUAAUCGAUCAGAAAAAAGAUAAACGUUUGGCUUUUCUUCUCUCUCAAACCGAUGAAUACAUUAGCAAUCUUACAGAAAUGGUUAAACAACAUAAAGCAGAACAAAAAAGAAAACAACACGAAGAGCAGAAGAAGAAAAAAAAAAAAAGACGAAAGAAAGUGGAAGGAGAAGAUGGGAUGGACGUUGACGAAUCGUCUCAGAAUACGGAUCUUCACGUGACGGUCGUGGAAACAGCCACGGGUAAAACAUUGUCCGGAGACGAAGCGCCACUCGCGAGCGAAGUCGAAUCGUGGUUGGACAGUCAUCCGGGAUGGGAACUGAUGGAAGAAGAUACGGAGGAUGACGAUGACGAAAACGACGACGAAGACGAAGAAGACACGUCGAAACAAAAUAGUUCUUCCAAACAAAACGAUGAUGUCGAUGCCAAAGCCGUUAUUAACAAAGCCAAAGUCGAAGACGACGAGUACAAAACGGAUGAACAAACGUACUACAGCAUUGCUCACACUAUCAAUGAGGUUGUCGUUGAACAAGCGUCCAUUAUGGUCAAUGGUAAACUCAAAGAAUACCAGAUAAAAGGUUUAGAAUGGCUCGUGUCGCUUUUUAAUAAUAAUUUAAAUGGGAUUUUGGCGGACGAAAUGGGUUUGGGAAAAACAAUACAAACGAUCGGUUUGCUCACGUAUUUGAUGGAAAAGAAAAGAGUUAUGGGACCCUUUUUGAUAAUCGUUCCUUUAUCAACAUUGUCGAAUUGGGUUUUGGAAUUUGAAAAAUGGGCGCCAUCGGUCGUCGUCGUCGCAUAUAAAGGAAGUCCUCAUUUGCGUCGAUCCAUUCAAAAUCAAAUGAGAUCGACAAAGUUCAACGUUUUGUUAACGACGUACGAAUACGUCAUAAAAGACAAAGGAGUGUUGGCAAAGCUCCAUUGGAGAUUCAUGAUCAUCGACGAAGGGCACAGAAUGAAAAAUCAUCAUUGUAAAUUGACUCAAGUACUCAACACUCAUUACAUAGCUCCUCACAGGUUGUUACUAACGGGUACUCCUCUUCAAAACAAACUUCCGGAAUUAUGGGCUUUAUUGAACUUUUUACUUCCCUCCAUUUUCAAAUCCGUGAGCACUUUUGAACAAUGGUUUAACGCUCCAUUUGCAACGACCGGAGAAAAAGUAGAAUUAAACGAAGAAGAAACGAUUUUGAUAAUUCGUCGUUUGCACAAAGUUUUAAGACCGUUUUUAUUGAGAAGAUUGAAAAAAGAAGUCGAGUCGCAGCUACCCGACAAAGUAGAAUACAUAAUUAAAUGUGAUAUGUCGGGACUUCAAAGAGUUCUUUACAGGCACAUGCAAAGCAAAGGAGUCCUUCUCACGGACGGUUCGGAAAAAGGAAACAAAGGAAAAGGCGGAGCGAAAGCUUUGAUGAACACGAUUGUUCAGUUGAGAAAACUUUGCAAUCAUCCAUUCAUGUUUCAACAAAUAGAAGAAAAAUAUUGUGAUCACGUGGGUGCGGCUGCCGGAGUUAUUUCCGGACCUGAUUUGUAUAGAGCUUCCGGUAAAUUUGAAUUGUUGGAUAGAAUUUUACCCAAGUUGAAAGCGACCAAUCACAGAGUUUUACUUUUUUGCCAAAUGACUCAACUCAUGACAAUAAUGGAAGAUUAUUUGACUUGGAGAAAUUUUAAUUAUCUUCGUUUGGACGGUACGACGAAAUCGGAGGAUCGUGGAGAACUUUUGAGAAAAUUCAAUAGUAAAGAUUCCGAAUAUUUUUUAUUUUUGCUCAGUACGAGAGCCGGAGGACUCGGUCUUAAUCUUCAAGCAGCCGACACCGUAAUAAUAUUCGAUUCUGAUUGGAAUCCUCAUCAGGAUUUGCAAGCUCAAGACAGAGCUCAUCGUAUCGGACAACAAAACGAGGUACGCGUUUUGAGACUGAUGACGGUGAAUUCGGUCGAAGAAAGAAUAUUGGCUGCUGCCAGGUACAAGCUCAACAUGGAUGAAAAAGUCAUACAAGCGGGAAUGUUCGAUCAAAAAUCGACGGGUAGCGAACGACAACAAUUUCUACAAACGAUUCUUCAUCAGGACGAUGCGGACGACGAGGAAGAAAACGAAGUACCCGAUGACGAAACGGUCAAUCAAAUGAUUGCUAGGAACGAAGUCGAAUUCGAUUUGUUUCAAAAGAUGGAUUUGGAAAGGAGACGAGAGGAUGCCAAAUUGGGAACGGCGAGGAAAAGCAGGCUCAUUGAAGAAUCCGAACUUCCUGAUUGGCUGGUGAAAGAAGAUGACGAAGUUGACGUUUUAGCUUACGAAGAAGAAGAAGAGAAAAUAUUGGAAAGAGGUUCGAGAAAAAGGAAAGAAGUCGAUUACACGGAUAGUCUAACGGAAAAAGAAUGGCUCAAGGCAAUCGACGAAGAGGGCGCUUUCGACGACGACGAAGACGAAGAAGAAGAAGAAAAAAAAUCAAAAAAGAAAAGAGGUAAAAGAAAACGAAGAGGAGAAGAUGACGACGAUGACGUCAUACCGUCAUCCUCUUCGAAAAAGCGUAAAAAUCUUUCUCACAUUGAUUCGAAAAUGAAAAAACAAAUGAAAAGUUUAAUGAACAUCGUCGUCAAAUACGCCGACAGCGAUGGAAGAAUUCUCAGCGAACCUUUCAUGAAAUUACCAUCUAAAAAUAAAUUACCGGAUUAUUACGACAUAAUAAAAAAACCUUUGGAUAUAAAGAAAAUAUUUAACAGGAUAGAAGAUGGAAAAUAUUCGGAUUUUGACGAUUUGGAAAAGGAUUUCACUCAAAUGUGUAAAAAUGCUCAAAUAUACAACGAAGAAGCUUCUCUCAUACACGAAGAUUCGAUCGUACUUCAAUCCGUGUUUACGAACGCGAGACAAAGAUUGGAACAGGAUGCGGAAACGGAUGAGGAUAAAGACGGAGGAGACGAGGAUGGAAAUUCCGAAUCGGAAUCCGUUAGAAUGAAAAUAAAAAUAAAAAGUGGAAAAGGAGGAAGAGGAGGAGAGGGAAGAGGAAGCACGAGAAGGAGGAAAACUCAACCAAAGUACACGAAUAGCGAUGACGAAGAUGAAGAUGAUUGA